AUGAUUUUGUAUUUUGUCCUCCUAUUUUUCGUGGAGGGUUACGAUAAAAGCGAUGCUGAAAAACUUCUGAAAAAAAUCUGGAGUGAAGUUCCCGGUCUCGCUGAAAAUAAACUCGAUGACUAUAUUCAUCAUCUCUUUGAAUAUACAAAUUGUGAAGGAGAAGUUAAAAAUCGCACGGAUUUUAUUAAAAUUAUUCUUGAAACUUCGAAAAGUCUGAAAAUUGAUUAUGUCGAUGAAGUUGGAAUUAUUGUAAAAAGUUAUCGACAUACAAAAGGAAAAUCGUAUCCAGAAUACAGUACUCAACCAUAUCUUUUGUUUGAUGUAAAAAUCGCGGGGUUCAGUGGAAGUUUUGGAUUUAGCGCAAGGAAAAAGGAGGGUGGAUUUCUUCCAGAAUUAGUUCUGGAUAAAGUUAUCAAUUAUAAUUGUGACCCGGCGAGGGCAGAAAACCAAGUCAAAUUUCAAAACUAUGCAUAUUUUAUCACAGCUUCAAAGCUUUUGAACAAAAUCGCAAGAUCCGAUGAUUCUUCCAAAUAUAUUCGCGAUGAUUUCACACUCUAUUCCUGUCCCGAAAAACCGAAUGACAAACCAAUUGAAUCAUUCAAAUGGUUGCUACAAAAUACAAAGGGCGAUUUGAGAAUUCUUGAUUUGAAAAAAAUCACCAAACAAAAAUGGGAAUCUGGAACAUUGCUCAGAGUAACAAUGGAAUAUCAGAAGGGUUGGUAUGGUCAAUACACAAAUAAUCUGAUGGUUACAACUGCCAGUGAAAUCACCUGCUGA